GUUCUCACAGACAUCUACAGAGUACGUCAAAAAUAAUGCGCACCCUGGUGGCCACCAUUAUUAUUCUUGUUGCUCAGAUGGCGCAGAGCUUUCCAGGUUUCAGAGGAUGUAGAAGCCAACAAGAUUGUGAUCCCGGUUCAUGCUGCGUUGUUGCCAUGGAGAGGUUCAGUACACCUCGUUGUCAGAAGCUGUCCCAACAGGGGGAGUACUGCCGCCCUAGAAACUCUGCCCUAAACACGUCACUCUCCUACCCCAACGGCAUCUUGGACGUAACGAACCUGUACACUGUACUCUGCCCCUGUGACGUUGGGUUGAUUUGUGAACAAGCAAUGUGUCAACCGAACACAUUUCUCCAGUCCAAUCAUCUCGCUUAGAUCUAUUACGUCACAUUUCUCCAGUCCAAUCACGUAGGUUAGAACUAUUACGUCAUCACCAUCCUUACCGAACAACGGAAUUUCUCAUCAUUUCUUACCUAGAAGUUGUGCUAGUAACUAGAUAAUACUCUGAGGCUAUCGAAACGCUCGUUAUUCAUAUAGAUCUUGAGACUUAAAAGGUUGAAAAAGAAAUUCGUUGCUAAAAUCAUUGUUGUAUUACCCUAUUAAGGACUAGACGUUGGAACACUUCGAGUCCAGUCGAGAAUAAUUACUGAAUAUUAAAAUUGUUUCGUUUAUUUUAAAAACAAACUAUUUUUAUUGAAAAGUAGGCCUACAUCGUUUAAGGUUAACUACAAAAAUUUUUAUUGAAAAGUAGGCCUACAUCAUUUAAGGUUAACUACAAAAUUUUUAUUGAAAAGUAGGCCUACAUCAUUUAAGGUUAACUACAAAAAUUUUUAUUGAAAAGUAGGCCUACAUCAUUUAAGGUUAACUACAAAAGAUUCACCGAAAUGAUAAAUUUCCAUAAUUAUGGAUUAGAUAAAACUUCAUUAUAUAUAUAUAACCUAAAAGAAGAAAAAAAAACUGCUUGAUUAUACAUAAGGUGGCUCGAGGGACUAUAGCACUAAAUAGUAUGGUAUGAUCCCUGUUUUGGGCAACACAGAAAUAGCCCAUCAUGCAAGGCUGUGAUUAACGUAAGGUGUAAGGAAAUUACUGGAAAAAAUAUGUUUGGUUUGUUUGUUUGUUUGUUUUUAAUUAUGCACAAAGCUACUCAAGGGCUAUCUGUGCUCUGCCCACCACGAGUAUCGAAACCCGGUUUCUAGCGUUGUAAGUCCGCAGACAUACCGCUGUGCCACUGGGGGGCAAUAUGUUUGGGGUGUCUAAAAAAAAGAACUUUCUUAUUUGUUACGGUUUCGUAUUUUUAUCAUGUUUCUAAACACUUGGAAGAAUCAUUUUCUUUUUAAGGUAGUGUCCGCACUCCGAAAGAUGUGUUUAAAAACUAAAAUUGUUUUUGUAGUUUAUCCUCACUAAGAAACUAUUCUUGUUAGUGAAACCUGAAAGCAAAGAUCAAACUGAAGGGAAAUGACAAAGCUAUGAAACCGGUUAACCAACUAAAUAGCAGCGAUAAAGAUUGGAAACCGGUAAAACAGUAAAGAAUGGAAACUGGUAAAACAAUUAAAGUGCAGUAAUGAAGAUUGGAAACCGGUUAACCACCCGAAAUACAGUGAUAAAGCCACGAUAUCUGGCGGAAGUUUGCCUGUUGAUAUUGUAUAUGAGAGGUUGCAGGACAAAUACCAUUUUAGUGAUAUUUUCGUACGCUCGAGCACCACAGGCUAUCUUUAAUAACAUUAGAUAUAAGAAAACCUGAAGUGUUGUUAUCAUUGGUCAAAGCUCCCAUAUUCCAUAUAUUAUAUAUUAUUGGAGAAAUGUGUGUUCCGCAACAAUAUUUAUGUGUUCCGCAACAAUGUGUAAGUACUUUAAUUUAAAGGUUUCUGAUGCUUGCUGAAUAGGUUUCAAGAUGUUCACUACGCCUAUAGUUUACUUGUUGCCAUCCUUCCCUUGCUCAUUAUGUAUAUAGAUACAUAUACAUAUUCACGGGUUUUAAUUUAUUGCAUCUAAGUUUGGAAUCUCUUUCAUUAACUUCGAGUUUUUUUUAUUUUAUGGACUUGUUUCGUUGUGUAAUGUCAUGUUUUUCGGAUGUGUGGAUUUUAUUAUAA